AUGUACCAUAAAGAGAAGAGCUUACAGAUCAAGAACAGCGCGUCGGCGCUCUACAACAACCUCAGCGUGCUGCGUAUCGCCCCGCGGAGCCUCACCUACUUCACGGUGGUGCAUGCCAACACGGUGAGCAUAGUAAGCGCGUCCUGGGACGGCCUGAACACCUCCCACCGCCAGCUGCAGUCCAAGGAGCCUAAUGUCGCCACCAGCAACUCUCUCAUCAUGCAGGCAGCCUGGUGUGUUCUUCCCUCUCGUGACCUACUGGUGCUCACGUCCCAGAAGGGUAUUCAGAUGUAUGAGUCUGAUGGCUCCAUAAUGGUGUACUGGCAUGCACUGGAUACCCCGGAAACCGCUACAGCUCAGGCAGUGUUUGCAAGAGGGAUAGCAGCAGUGCGAGAGAAUUACAUAUGUGUGGGUGAAGCGUCUGGUGGGAUCCUAGUGUUUGACAUCCCCAGUAAAGGCGGGAACAUCACCCUGUCUGAGGUGUUGGAGGAACACAAGGAGUCCAUCACAGACAUGGCUUCCGAGUGUUCUGGCAGUCAGGAGUGCAUUGCUGACAUGGUCAGUGCGGAUGAUACUGGAACGCUCUGUGUGUGGAAGUCUGGGGAGGAAUUCCAGCUGCUCAACAAGAUCACUGGCUUUGACAUGAGCUGCUCCUCAGUCAAGCUGUGGAAGGGCACGGUGGUGGCGGGCUACGGCACCGGUCAGAUCCGUCUGUACGAGGCUGUGACUGGGAUCCUGCAUGCAGAGGUCAACGCCCAUGCUCGCUGGAUCUACUCGCUUGAUAUCGCCCCUUUCUCUGGGCUGGUGCUUCAGCUUUUGUCUGCAGCCGAAGAUUCGUUCGUCAGAGUGUGGCACCUGACGAUGACGCCAGAGUCCAACACCGUGGAGAUUUCCCAUAUGUACAAUGAGUGUGUGACGGACACUCAGAUUUGCGGCGCAAAGUUCUGUGACGGCGACGGCUACGCCUUUGGGGUCACUGGCUACGACCUCAGCGAGAUCAUCCGCUACACGCAGUCAUAGGGCGUCGCGGCGAGAACAGGUACAUCGUACUCUGAUGUCGACACAGGAGGCACUCUGCUCCGGGAGCACUGUGGACCAGUAAGACCCGAGGAAUGUUUAAUAGCUAUCGGUGGUCAGGUAGGGCGUAGGCCAGAGACUUGAUCAAAAGGAGUCGCAGAGUAUGUAUAAACGUUGUGGGUGUUUCUUGUUUUUUUUUGUUUUUGUUUUUGUUAUGGUGAAGUUGAUAUUCCCCAAACAAAUUUUAUUUCAUUAAUAUCCAGAAUGUUCACAAUAAAGUCAGUGUUAUUUUAUAGCAUACCUCAUCAUCAUAUCAUAAUGCACUUUGUGUUGAUGGUACUUGAGUUUUGUUUGCAAAAAAGGGCAUUUCGUGAAGUGCUUUGUUUAUUCUAGAAUAAAGUGAGCAGUGUAUUCAGUAUGAUUGUCUACACGGCUAUAAAUCAAGAUUAAAACGUAUUUAUGAAG